AUGUCGUCGCAGUGCCCCUACUGCCGCGCGUCGGGGCCGGCGCGGUGCGCGACGACGCAGCCGCCGCUCUCGCGCGCCGUGUCCGAGUGCUCCGCCUGCGCCCGCAUCGUCGUCGAGCGCCACCUCCACACGCACCCCUUCUUCCCCCUCCUCCCCUUACUCCAUCCGCUUCCCCUAGUCACCCCCGACCUCGCCACCGCCGUCGAUCCCGCUCCCGCCCCCUCCCCCGGAGACGAAGAUGACGAGGACCCCUUCCUCCCCGCGGGCUUCGUCUCCGCCUUCUCGGCUUUCUCCCUCGAGCGCCACCCCGUCCUCGCCCGCUCCGCCUCCACCUUCUCCGGCCUCCUCGCCGAGCUCGAGCGCGCGCUCGCCGUCGACUCCGCCGCCGCGGCCUCCAAUCCGGACCCCGCCGGGCCCAUGGUCUCCGUCGAGAACCUCCGCGCCUACCUCCAGAUCGUCGACGUCGCCUCCAUACUCAAGCUCGACAGGGACAUAGCCGACCACGCUUUCGAGCUCUUCAAGGAUUGCUCGUCCGCGACCUGCCUCAGGAAUCGGAGCGUCGAGGCGCUCGCGACCGCAGCGCUCGUUCAGGCUAUCCGCGAGGCGCAGCAGCCUCGGACGCUGCAGGAAAUCUCUACUGCUAGCAAUCUACCUCAAAAGAGAUAG